AUGGGUAAGGCCUUGUUUGGGGAGAAGGAAUGGUAUUUUUUUAGCCCGAGAGAUCGGAAAUACCCGAAUGGGUCAAGACCCAACAGAGUAGCCGGGUCGGGUUACUGGAAGGCAACGGGUACAGACAAGAUUAUCACGUCGGACGGUCGCCGUGUCGGGAUUAAAAAAGCUCUGGUUUUCUACGCCGGAAAAGCUCCUAAAGGCUCCAAAACCAACUGGAUUAUGCACGAGUAUCGCCUAAUCGAGCAUUCUCGAAGCCAUGGAAGCUCCAAGCUGGAUGAUUGGGUAUUGUGCCGAAUUUACAAGAAAACGUCAGGAUCUCAGAGACAAGCUGUUGCUCCGGUUGAAGCGUGUCGUGAAGAGCACAGCACGAACGGGUCGUCGUCGUCGUGUUCGUCUCAGCUAGACGACGUUCUCGAUUCGUUCCCGGAGAUGAACGAUCGGUCUUUUAAUCUUCCUCGGAUGAAUUCGCUCAGGACGCUUCUCAACGGGAAUUUCGAUUGGGCUAGCUUGGCAGGUCUCAAUCCCAUCCCGGAACUAGCUCCGACCAACGGAUUAACAAGUCACGACGCGUUUCGAACGGCGGAGGGAGAGGCGGAGAGCGGGCUGAGAAAUUCGCAGGUGCAUCAGCCGCAGAACUCGGGCGGGUUGACUCAGAGUUUCGGGUAUAGCUCGAGCGGGCUGAAUCGUGGGUCCGGUCUUUCGGGUCAAACAUUCGGGUUUAGCCAAUGA